AUGGGUCUUUCAGAGCAAAAGAACAAAGUUGUGUUCGGUAUUGAUCCGCGCAACCAGGCAUGGAGCAAUGAUAAGAGUCGAUUUGGGUUUAAAAUGCUUGAGAAAAUGGGCUGGUCUGAAGGCAAAGGUUUGGGUGCCAACGAGGAUGGACUGAAGGAGCAUGUCAAAAUCAAACUAAAGACCAAUAAUUUCGGUAUUGGAGCGGACAAGAAGAAUAUUCGUAAUUGGUUGGCCAACGCAGACGGUUUUUCUCAACUUCUCGAUAGACUAAACUCGGAAUCCGGCACACCAGCACAGGAGACCUCCACUGCUUCU